CAAUUUUCAAUUGUUUUUAAGUUGAUUCUAUAUAUUCUUACAAAAUGUUUAGUUGGAAUGAAAAGUAUUUGCCUUUUCCACCUAUUUGUACGUACAAAACUGUAAAUAGUAAUAUAGACUUCAAUUACCUUCUUAGUUUAUGUACGGAAUGUAAAUAUUAUCUCGAUAAUAACAAACAUUUAGAAGCGGAAUAUUUAGUAUUAUCCAGAAUAGUGUAUCGUAUGAAACAAAAAUUUCGAACAUCAAAAGAUUUCAAAACUUUAGAAAAGCUAUGCAAAUGUUUAAGAGUGUAUCUCGAUAUAAAUCUCUCGUUCCAUCUAAUGCGAUUUAUAGAACUCAUACCGACGAAUAUAGAAAAAGAAAUGUAUAUUCCCUCGAAAAAUUUAUUAGAUUAUAUAUUAAUUAGAUUAUUGUCGAUGAAAAAGUUGUUGGAAAAAAUUUCGGUUAACUGUGUACAAGCCGCGCAUCUCUACAGCUUCAGGAUCAAAUCAGGACAAUUUUGGAAGGUAGCUUUUUGUGUAUACAGUCUAGUUUCUAGGAUAGAUAUUUUAACCAAGCACAGUGAGAAGGAAGUUAGCAGAUUUUAUGAAAAGUUGAAGGAAUUUUCAAAAGGAUAUAGUGUUAAUGAAAAUAAUAAAUAAAUGGAGUGU